UGGGAGAAACUACAGAUGACAACAAGUGAGAGGAGGAAAAUAGUUUGUUCCGUCACAUUCCAUGUCAUUGCAAUUACCUGUGUUGUUUGGUCAUUGUAUGUUUUAAUUGACAGAACUGCUGAGGAGAUUAAACAAGGCAAUGACAAUGGUGUCCUUGAAUGGCCAUUUUGGACAAAACUUGUUGUGGUGGCCAUUGGAUUCACGGGGGGCCUGGUCUUCAUGUACGUGCAGUGUAAGGUGUACGUUCAGCUGUGGCGCAGGUUGAAAGCCUACAACAGAGUGAUCUUUGUUCAGAACUGCCCAGACACUGCCAAAAAACUGGAGGAGAAGAACUCUUCGUGCACUCAGAACUCGGACGUCAAGGACGCAGUGGUGGUACCAGUAGCACAGACAGGUACAAACUCUCAGCCGGCAGCUGAAGAAACGACAUCUGAGGUCAUGCCAGUUUGA